UUUUACCGCACGCGCGUCAAUAAAAAGUAACGUUACUUUUAGGCAUGAUCUAUAUUUUCUUUACUAAAUUCAUAAUGGACUGUUCGUGAUUUGUUUGCUCAUUAAAAGAAAAGAUGGUUAAAACUAAAGCACGAAAAUCUACCAGUCGUCAUAAGAAGUAUCAAGAAGUGAUACAGUCACGCAUAGUCAACAAAACUCCUGUUCAGUAUACUCGUCGGUUAAAAACAAAAAAGCAUAAAAAAUUGAAAGAGAUUUUUUCAAAUAUCCCAAAUUUAAAAAUUUACAAUCGUCCACCUCCAACUAAUGAAGAUGACUAUGUUCCUGCAAGUUUUAAACAGAUGUUACUUAUGAAAGAGGGAAAAUGGAAACCACUUCUUGAUCCAGCUGUUGGUGAUACAAAGGGUUCGAAGAAGAAAGACAAUCCUGUACGUGUCCCAAAACAAGGCAAAUAUGAAUCGGAUGCUCAUUUUUUGGGACGAGUACAUAGAGAAGUAGAAGAUGAAUUGCAUAAAGUGGAAUUUUCCAAGAAACAACGGACGGAGUUAAUUACUACAGAAGUUAAAAAAAGUAGGAAGAAACGCAAAGCAGUAAAGCGUUUAAAUGAAAAACAGAAAGUCAAACGUUUGUAUGCUAUUGAAAAACGUCUUACAGGUUUUGAACACUUAAAAGAUGAGGUGAAAUUCAAUGAAGUGGUUACUGCGCCUCCUGAAAAUUUGACGAGACCGAAAAUGGUAUUUGGUAAAAAGUUGAAUCAAAUACACAGUUUAGACAGGCUGUUAGCAACAUGAAUGUCGGAUAUAUGUUUUCCUUGUUUAUUUCAAGAAAAUACAGACCCUUUAAACUAUGCCUUAUAGAUGUUUUUACUUUUUCUGUUCUCAUUCUCUCAAUUUUACUAUUUCGGUAGAAAAUUGAAGAAUAAAGGUUAAGGAGAUUACUAUCGUAAAAUAUGUACAUGAAAUUGUAACCCAUUGCUUUCUUAACUUGUGAAAGAUAGCUGAUUUAGAUGAAUGCAGGCGUUUUGUUCAAGGUUAGGAGUCAACUGGUCAGAAGCUGUAAACUUAUUUUUCAUACUGCUUGGUAUUCAUCUCUAAGGUGCAGAAUUUAGUGGUCUGUUCUGUGGCUUCGGAAAUGCAUGGUUUAUGUUUUAAUUUUUAUUAGAAAUAAAGUUACUUAAAGUCAA